AUGGCGCCCUUGUGCCCUCGGCUCCCGGAGCCACCCGGGCCCCGGGGAGCACAGGCCCAGGGCUGGCUCCGCACCAGCGCGGUCCCGGCCCCCCCGCCAUCUUCGCCCCCUGCCCAGCGCGGCCCACGCGCCGCCCGCCUCACGCGCCCCAUCCCGCCCAACCGGCCCAACGGCCGCGGCGCGAGCGCCCCCGCAGCACCAGGCGCCUUCCUCUGGCGGGGGAAGGAGCGUCCUGCCCUGCCUGCCCUGCCCCGGCGGGGAACUGCGUGUCCUCUCCCCUCUCCUGGCCCUCAGCCCUGCGGCAGGUACCGUGGUCCGCCCGGCUCCUCGGGCCUGCGCUGGGGGCAGUUGUCUGAGGGGGGCUGUCUAGAGGCGGGCAGGGGGCAGAUGUCGGGCCUCUGCUGUGGGACAGGGGUGCGGGCAGUGCGAGCUGUGGGGCUGCUGGUGUGUAACGGGGAGAGCGUGACGCCAGGACAGAGUCCAGCGACUUCCCUCAUGGACAGGACCAUCAAGAUGAGGCAAGAGGCUGAAGCCCGGAGAGUGGCCUUGGCCUGGGGACUCCUUCAUAUGUCUAUGGCAGGCAUGAUAUAUACUGCAAUGAGUGGAAGACUCAUCAGCUGCCACUGCAACAUCCCAUACGGGCCACUCUCUUGUAUUGGACUUGCACUUGCAUCUGUGUUCAGCGUGAACGCCCUGUUGGAUUUCUGGAGGUACUGCAAGUACACAGGGACACCGAGGAGCUGGGCCCCGAGUCCCGGCCAGCAGCCCCUGCUGGGCUGGCAGAGUGCAGCUCCACCCACUGUGCUGGCAGCAAAGACAGUCCCGUCUGCGACGCCUUCUGCUCCCAUCCAGGGUCAGACGGUGCUGAGUUACAGCCCGUCCCGCUCCCCCAGAGCCAGCCCAAGGUUUCCCCCUGCUUAUCUCACGGGGUACAGGCCUCAGCUACAGGCUGCCUCAAGCAGCAGCCCCUCCUUUGGCAGAGCUGUAACUCGCUCACCCAGCAGCAGCUACAAGGUUUACGGCUUCAGCCCCUCUUCCAGUGGAUCCCUGUACGCCAGCAGUAUUGGAAGAGUGCAAAGGAUCAGGCUGAAGCCUUGUCACCACGCUUCACCCUUUCUCUAUCAUGCUCCUACUGCCAAGGAAGACUACAUGACAGACCUCAAGUCACUGCAGACCUUCCUUCAAAAUGAAGAGAAGAAACAACGCAGAGUUCAGCUGGGAAGUUCCGAUUCCAGCUCUCCUUCCAGCAGCCCAACUUCUGGGAACCACAGAUGCUUCACAGCAGACUCGGCGCUGGUGCUGCUGAACUACGAGUACCAGCUGGCUUGCCUGCCCCGGGCUCCGCCAGCACACAGGGACAGAGCUGGUCUGAGCUCCAAGCAGGCUGCAGAAGAGCAUCAUGAAGAUCUUUGUGCUGCCCGUGCCGCGACGUCUGCAGAAAGGGCUGCUGCUGAGCUGCUGGAGAAUACCAGUGUUCUGUGUGUAUCAGUGACAGAAGAGAGACCUGAGCCCAUCAACACUUCAGCAGGAGGGAGAGGGCCAUCAGAAGCAGCCACGUGCAGGAAGGGAAGACCCAGCUCACAUGAUGGCCAGUCCCCUGGCUUCUCCUUGGACCCUGCCUUGGUCUGCUGGCCAGCAUGCAGCUGGGGAUGUGCUGGCACUGACAUUGGGCAGUUGGUCUCCAUGGCAGCGAGUGCACGGACAAAUACCAGUUGGAUGUAGCCUGCGAGCGGGGCUGCUUUCGGGAGGAAGGAAGAGGAGAGUGAGAAGAGAGUGACCGUGGAUGGGCAGAUGUGC